GACAAUGGUACAGUCUUGUGGCGUAAUUUGGUGGACAAGGACAAGCGGCAGUGUCAGUGCUAUAGCUUUUCAUAUGUGAGAAUCAAACAUGGCGAGGUUUUUGAGGCCUAAUAUCAGGAGUUUUGUCACUUCUCAGCUGAGAAUGUCAUCCGACCAGUUGGGAGAGCUGGGUAAAGGUGCAGGAAAAGGUGGUGGAGGUGGAGGUUCCAUCAGAGAGGCAGGUGGAGCCAUGGGGAAGAAGCAGGCUGCUGAGGAGGAGAUGUACUUUAAGCGUAAAGAACAGGAGCAGCUGGCGGCACUGAAGCAACACCACCAUGAGGAAAUCGAACAUCAUAAAAAGGAAAUUGAACGUCUUCAGCGUGAGAUUGACCGCCACAAGGGAAAGAUCAGAAAGCUGAAGCACGAUGACUGAAUAAAACCUUCAGAAAAAGUUUCAUUUUUCUCACCGUCCCAGACGCCUUUAGUAAUCACACCAGUUGCUACAAGCACUCUAUUAACGAGCAAGUUAUGAAUGUGCAGGAGAUGUUCUGUAAAUGCUUGCAAGUUAUUAAAACUGUUCAUUAAAUAAUAACUAUUUCCAUGGCA